AUGCACCAUCUAAUGAUUCCACACCAUUCGCACGUCCAGACGCCACCAUCUGAGGAAGAGGAUCCCAUCGAAGCAUUGGAUCGGGUCAAGGAGAUUCUCGCAGAUGGCGAUCAUCCAUUCCCAGUUGACAGGAAAACACUCAGGGACGUGAUGCGCGCAAAGAUGGGCCAAGAGGUUGUGCGUAUCAAGUUUCUCAGCUCGGGCACAUUUCACAAGGCAUUUCUCGUCUUGUUCAAGGACGGCGAAGAAGUCGUCAUGCGCAUGGCGCGCCGAUUUAUGCCCCGGAUAAAAACUGAGUCCGAAGUCGCCACCCUCGACUAUAUCCGCACAAAGACGACGGUCCCCGUUCCUGAAGUCUACUACUAUGAAUCUAACCAGUAUAAUGAACUCGGUGCAGAGUAUAUCAUCAUGUCAAAGGCCAAGGGAGUGCCCCUUCUCCGGGUUCAUCGUCAAAUGGACAUGGAUGAGAAACGACAAUUACUGUCCAACCUCGCUUCCCACAUGCUUACGCUCUUUAAACACCGCUUCAACGCGAUUGGAUCCCUCUAUUCGACCCGUAGUCCCGCAGUCGCACCCUCUGUACCCCAGACACCAUCUGUAUCACGUCCCGGAACACCAAAACUACGCUCUCGGAGCUCGUUGGGUACUCGCCCGCCAUUGACCCCACUCAGCUCUGCGCCAAGUCCGACCUUUCCCACAUUAGCACAUAUUAUCCCUACUUUCUCUGUAGGACCCAUCGUCAGCUGGCCAUUCUUUGGCGAAGGACGAGGACUGCAACAACUUGAUCGUGGGCCAUGGUCCUCAUUCGAGGCAUACCUGGUGGCAUGCUGCGAGCGCGAAAUAGACGCAGUCAGGAAAGAGUCGGAAGGCCGUGUCACAUCGCACAGACCACAUCGGCCACCAGAAGCUGGUACAUCCGCCCCAUCCUCCUCGGACGAAGAGGAUGAAGAUGACGGCGAGAUUUAUUACAGGGAUUACCGGACGAUGCAACGCUCGUCUCUCCUUGUAUCAUAUGCCUAUCAACGAGUCGAAACUGUGCGGGCGGAGAUGGACCAGUUCAAAAAGUAUAUGCGCAAUCUAGGCGUCGGUUCCAUGAAGCGCGACGAGCUUGACGCGUUUUCGCUCGAUUUGCAUGACCUCAGUCUCGCAAAUAUCUUUGUGGACGAGCAUGACCCAUCGGAGAUUACCUGCAUAAUCGACUGGGAAUCAACAUGCAUUCGACCGCUAUGGCAAUGUGCUCAUCUUCCGGCAUUCCUGGCUACGAACCCCAAUGACUCGGAAGCGGAAAUGUUUAGGGAAGAAAUGGCAAAACUCGACGACCCGGCUGCACGACUGUGGCUUCGAGCUGAAAAGGAACGCGCGACCUGGAGACGUGCUCACAAGGUGCUCGAGUGGGAUGGAUGGGAAGAAGGUCUGGUACUGAAAGAAUUGGGCCUCGAGGACGAAGCGACUUCAAAUGGACUUAACACGUCUCUCAACGUCAUGAAAUUACUAUGA